AUGGAAGGAGGGUGGGGAGUUAUUGGAGGUUUCAAUGAGGUGCUGUAUAAGAAAGAGAAGGUGGGGGGAAAUCCUAGAACUGAAAGACUAAUGGGCAUGUUCAGGCACAUGAUGGAGGAGGGGAAUCUUUACUAUCUGGGCUGGACAGGAAACAAAUUCACUUGGUGCAACCUUCAUGAAGAUGAGACUUUCACAAAAGAGAGGCUUAAUAGAGCUAUAGCCAAUGCUAUGUGGAAAAGAAAGUACUCUAAAUACUCAGUGGAGACCUUACCCGCCUUUCGUUUUGAUCACAAUAUAAUACUUCUUCAAUGCAGUAUUGGAAGGUGUUCAGUUUGCAGCUUUCAUUCUUCUUUCAAGUAUGAGGCAAGUUGGAAUAACGAGGAGGGUUGUAGUGCAAUAGUUUCUGAAGCUUGGCAAAACAACACAAAAGGGAGGGAGAGGGGUUUGGAGAAGGUGAUGAGUAAGUUGAAAUCAACACAGAAGGGGCUCAAAAAGUGGAGCAGGAAUUUAGAAAGGGAGAGAACCAAAGCCAUCAGGGAGAAGACAUAG